AUGGCAAGAAAGUGGCAGAAAAUGGCAGUGGGAAAUCGCAAGAGAAUUUCAUACCCACCAAGGAACCAUAAUAAUAUUGUUCAUAUGCAUUAUUCAUCCACAGCCAAUAAGGGACACUUCGUUGUUUACAGCGUCGAUCAUAAGCGAUUCGAGGUUCCCCUUAAGUACCUUAGCACGAACGUGUUCAGAGAGCUACUGAAUUGGUCCGAAGAGGAGUUUGGGUUACCUUCCAAUGGACCUAUUACGCUGCCUUGUGAUAGCGUGUUCUUGGACUACGUAAUCUCGCUAAUUCGAGAACGCGUUCCUGAAGAAGUGGAGAAAGCUUUGAUCACUUCAAUGGUUGCAUGCCACCACGAGGCAUCAUCAUCAUCUUCGCGUGGUCUUAGGCAGAGCAACGAGCCAAUGAUUAUCUAUGGCUUUUGA